AUGUUCGACCGACCGCAAUCGUUUCGCAUACGCGAACUCUCCAACCUGGCUCUCGCCGCCUUCCCACAAAAACGAGCCUUAUUAUCACAAACCUCACUCGAUUCGCAUUUCCCUAUCUGGGACGCUGUCACCAACAGCACAAUGGACGCCCUAGCACACGAGUCACAUCCAAACUUUGGCCAUUUGGCAGGCCUGGUAUCCGAAGCCGUGCUAGAGGUUGUCUUUGUCGCCCUGCCCGGCUUUCUCGUCGCCAUCAAUGGCAUGUUCGACGCCAACAGCCAAAAGUUCGUCGCCGAACUCAACACCAUGGUCUUCACACCAUGCCUCAUCUUCACGAAACUGGCGGGUCAACUCAACGCGGACAAGCUCGCCGAUCUGGUCGUCAUCCCAUUCAUCUUCCUUGCUCAGACUUUGGUCUCUUGGCUUAGUGCGCAGGCAAUGGCAAAGGUGUUUGGCUUUGGCGGAAAGAGCAAGAAGAUGCAGAAGAACUUCGUCCUGGCGAUGGGUGUGUUUGGCAACUCGAACUCGCUACCCAUCUCCUUGGUCUUGAGCUUAAGCAAAACUAUUAGUGGCUUGCAUUGGGAUCAGGUGCCAGGUGAUAACGACGAUGAAGUGGCAGCAAGAGGUAUCUUGUACUUGCUGAUCUUCCAGCAAUUGGGACAACUGCUGCGCUGGACAUGGGGUUAUAGCGUGUUGCUCAAGCCAGCAUCCGCGUACGAGGAAGAUGAGAGAAGAGAAGCCGCCGAAGAGAACCGCAGUAUCGAAGAAGGCCCGUAUACCGAUCAUCCAGAGCUUGAUGAGCGUGGAAAGCCGGUCAAGAGAAGUGGACAUGAUUCUGGCUUCAGCUCUGGCUCACAGACACCAGCUGGGAGUGAAAGCCCGCCACAGAUUCCAGAAGUUGUACCAGCAGCGCCCGCCAACGGCAACGACAUCAGCACCGAGCCACGACACCUGAUCGGACGUGACGAUGAUGCGGCCAGCGACACGAGCGAUCAAAUGACCGUCUUCCCUAACUUCUCUCGCAGCCUCUCGAAGCGUUCCAGCGACAGCUCCACCGCGGCGUCUUGGAAGAAGCCUUUAUAUCGCGUGGGCAAUUCGGCGGUGCGUGCAGGCAGACGAGUCCAGUCCACUCUCAGCACGUUCUUCAACAACAUCUUCCGCAAGCUGCCCCAUCCUGUUCAGCGGGUGUUGUCCUUCCUUCAUUACUACAACUGCGUGUUCUGGGCUGGCGUGUGGCGACAGAUGAACCCUCCCCUUUGGGCAAUGCUUGCAGCUUUGAUUGUUGCCAGCAUCCCUGACUUGCAAAAGCUCUUCUUCACGAAGGGCACACUCAUCAACAACUCCGUCACUCGCGCCAUCUCACAGACCGGAGGCGUAGCUGUCCCCCUUAUUCUGGUUGUUCUCGGCGCCAACUUGGCUCGUUCGACGAUCCCACAAGAGCAGCUCGCCACGUCGAAGGAAGAGAAGAAGGAAGAGCGCAGACUCCUCUACGCCUCCUUGCUCAGUCGCAUGGUCAUCCCCGUCAUCAUCAUGGCUCCGAUCCUGGCACUGACGGCCAAGUACGUUCCAGUCUCGAUCCUCGGCGACCCGAUCUUCAUCAUCGUCUGCUUCUUGCUCACUGGCGCCCCGUCGGCCUUGCAACUCGCCCAGAUCUGCCAGAUCAACAACGUCUUCAUGGGAGCCAUGUCGAGCCUGCUGGUAGCGAGCUACGUCGUGGUCAUCUUCCCCAGCACACUGCUGCUGGUCCUCAUGGCGCUCGAGGUGCUCGAGUGGGCCGUGUUGUAA